AUGGGAUCUGGAGGACCCGCCGCCGCAGCUCGACCUAUUGACUACGAAAAUUUGUCGCUGCAUCUCGGAUCUCUACGAGUCGACAAUGCCUUGAUGACACGCUUCAAGCGCGUUACUGGACACGAGCCUCACCAUCUCUUUCGACGGGGGAUUAUCUUCUCGCAUCGCGAUUUCGAGGUGAUUCUGGAUAGGUACGAGAGGAGAGAGCCUUUUUUCAUAUACGCCGGUCGCGGACCCAGCAGCAAUGCAAUGCAUGCUGGACAUGUGAUUGCUUUUCAGCUGGCAAAAUGGCUGUCGGAUGUGUUUGAGGUGCCUCUUCUCGUGAUGAUCUCGGACGCUGAGAAGUUCCUACGUGCGCCCUCCGAUACAAAAAAAAGCCUCGAAGACUACAUGGAGUUUGGAGAGGAAAAUGCCAAAGACAUCAUCUCCGUGGGGUGCGACUGGAAGCGGACUUUUAUAUAUCCGGUCACCAAAUACAUGGGUGAGGAUAUGGGGUUCAAAUGGAACUGGCGCAAGGUAUCAUACGUAUGUUUGGGCCAUGACCAACCCUUAUUGUCUGCUAAUGGAGGCCAGAGUACCAGCGCUUACCAUAUCUCCGUACACUGCGGCUUCUCACUUGACGAUGUGAAUAUAGGAAGGUUGAACUUUCCAGCGGUGAUCGCCGCUGGUGCAUUUGCCAGUUCCUUCUCCACGAUCUUCGGAAAGACCUACACAAGCGACACUGAGCGAGAGCUGAACAGUAUCCCAUGCCUGGUGGCUGUCGCACUUGACGAGGAUCCCUACAUGCAAUUCAUCCGAGCUACCGCAAAGCGCAAUAAUAUCGCACAGCCUUCGGUCCUGCACACGAAGUAUCUUGAUGGCCUUCAAGGGGUGGGUUCGAAAAUGUCAGCCUCGAUCGACCUCAGCGCCAUCUACGUGAACGAUACGCCCGAUGAAAUUCGAGCGAAGGUCGGGCUUCAACCUUCUCCUAGCAACCAAAGGCCCUCUGUGGACCUUCAGACCCCGAAUCGCGAUCCGGAGCGCAAUGUCUGUUACCAAUAUCUGAAAUUCUUCCUAGAGGAUGAUGAUGAACUGGCCCAAAUCAGCCAUGACUACGCGUCAGGGAGGUUGUCAUCGGACGGCGUGAAAGAAAGGUGCGCACAGGAAUUGAUCCAGAUCUGUGCUUCCAUCCAGGAACGAAGGGAACGCGUAACCGACCAAGAACUGGAGUACUUCAUGACGCCUCGUAAGCUCGACUCAAGGGUGUAG